CCCGCAGCUCUCAGCCUGCCUGUCCCCUGCGCGCCUUGGCUGAAUCCCAACGUGCAGAGCUUCUUCCAGUCUUGGAAGGCACAAAUUGAGCAUUAGGGACGUGGACCCAUCAAGGCUGAACCCGGGAGGUAAAGUGGUGACCUAGAAAGCUGACGGUGACUUGGAAAGGAGGUCGCCAAUCCGCGAUCCGGAGCCCAGCAAGUGCCACCGCUCCUCGCUUUCCAGCUGCAGCACGCACUAUGGAGUCCCCCAUCCAGAUCAUCCGCGGAGAGCCAGGCCCUACCUGCGCUCCCAGUGCUUGCCUACUCCCCAACAGCAGCUCUUGGUUCCCCAACUGGGCUGAAUCGGACACCAAUGGCAGUGUGGGCUCUGAGGACCAUCAGCUGGAGCCCGCGCACAUCUCUCCGGCCAUCCCUGUUAUCAUCACUGCUGUCUACUCUGUGGUGUUCGUGGUGGGCUUAGUGGGCAAUUCCCUGGUCAUGUUUGUCAUCAUCCGAUACACAAAGAUGAAGACUGCAACCAAUAUCUACAUAUUUAACCUGGCUUUGGCAGAUGCUUUGGUUACUACCACUAUGCCCUUCCAAAGUGCUGUCUACUUGAUGAAUUCUUGGCCUUUUGGAGAUGUUCUGUGCAAGAUUGUCAUUUCCAUUGACUACUACAACAUGUUUACCAGCAUAUUCACCUUGACCAUGAUGAGUGUGGACCGCUACAUUGCCGUGUGCCACCCUGUGAAAGCUUUGGACUUCCGAACACCUUUGAAAGCAAAGAUCAUCAACAUCUGCAUUUGGCUCCUGGCAUCAUCUGUUGGUAUAUCAGCAAUAGUCCUUGGAGGCACCAAAGUCAGGGAAGAUGUAGAUGUCAUUGAAUGCUCCUUGCAAUUUCCUGAUGAUGAAUAUUCCUGGUGGGACCUCUUCAUGAAGAUCUGUGUCUUCGUCUUUGCCUUUGUGAUCCCAGUCCUCAUCAUCAUUGUCUGCUACACGCUGAUGAUCCUACGCCUGAAGAGUGUCCGGCUCCUCUCAGGCUCCCGAGAGAAGGACCGAAAUCUCCGCCGGAUCACCAAGCUGGUGCUGGUAGUGGUUGCAGUCUUCAUCAUCUGUUGGACCCCCAUCCACAUCUUUAUUCUGGUGGAGGCUUUGGGCAGCACUUCCCACAGCACAGCCGCCCUCUCUAGCUAUUACUUCUGCAUUGCCUUGGGUUAUACCAACAGCAGCUUGAAUCCUGUUCUCUAUGCCUUUCUUGAUGAAAACUUCAAGCGGUGUUUUAGGGACUUCUGCUUCCCUAUUAAGAUGCGAAUGGAACGCCAGAGCACCAACAGAGUUAGAAACACAGUGCAGGAUCCUGCUUCCAUGAGAGAUGUGGGAGGGAUGAAUAAGCCAGUAUGACUAGUCGUGGAAAUGUCUUCUUAUUGUUCUCCAGGUAGAGAAGAGUUCAAUGAUCUUGGUUUAACCCAGAUUACCACUGCAGUCUGAAGUAGAAAGAUGAGGUAUGAACUUAGACAUGUGAUAAUCUGAAAUCUUAAGGUGCAGGGUACAUUAGUGAUCUAGCUGAGUAGGGGCAGUGAGUCUGAAGAACAGAGCACAGUAGAUCCUGGCAACAAUAUACCUCUUUCCUAGGACAGAGAAGAAGCCAGUCUAAUCUCACCCCCUUGAUAAACAAAGACAAAACUCUUCUGGCUCCCUUGAUUUAGUAUGUAGCCUUUCUAUGCAACAUAGUUCCAAAGCUCUAGAGAAGAAAAUAAAAAAAAAUCCAUUGGAUGAAAAAUUUACUGGACACCCAACCUGCCUGUUGACACUGGCAAAAACAAGUUCAGUUACAAUGAGGCCAUACCAAGGGUCAUAUCCAGCUUAUAUUCUGCUUAUGAUGUGUGAUGAUAAUAGAAUAUCUUAGGAAGAACUUGGAUUCAGCCCCUGACACUGGUGGAGAGCACCAUAUUGACAUUUGUGAACCUAUUUAAAGUUGUGGAUGCUGUUUUUUCACAGUGUCUAAUGCCUUGAAAACUACAGUUGUUCCUUAAGAUCUCUGGUUUUUAGCAUGCUAUUCAGGUAGAUAAUCUUCAGAGAAAACAUGAACUGAUGUCAAAACUGUGAGGCUUAAAUACCAGCAAAAUGUGUGUAAUUUCAUCUAUUAAUAGUAGUCUUAUGUAAAUAAGUACCAGGCUUUCCUGUCCAGCCUGAACAUUUCUCAAGGAUACAGUAGACACACCCCCUGAGGCAUGGAGAGUUGAUGCUAAGAUAUUUUGCUGCAAUAUAAGCUACUCUCUGGGAUUUGGUCUUGGUAUGAUUUCCACUGGAUUCCUCAAACACCAUUUACUCUAACACUGAUUAUAACAUGGUGUUAACAAACCCUAAACUUUGAAUUCACUCUAAAAUGUUAGCUUUGAUCAAAUCUACUUUGUGGUAGCAUCUAUUCUUAAACACACACCAUUGCCAGAUUCUCUAUUUGGAUAGAGGAAGUUGUUUUUAUCAUGUACACCUUCAAAUAUUAUGUUCUGGCUUUCUACAGAAAGUAGAAUUGUUUCAAAAUGUAUGCUGAAAAAGGAAAUGAGGCUUGAGAAGGCUGAGCACAAUUAGCAUGCUAUUGGGUAAGGGGGUACCUGUGGAGGUUAGUAUCUGAGAAGGCCAUUUAGGAUAUUUUUGCUGAAUCUUCCAAAUGACACAUAAAUUACCCAUUCUUUCCUUUAAAACUCAUAUUUCAAGAAUGAGGAUUUUUUUUUGCAAUUUUCCUUGAAAGAAAAAAGGGAUAAUUUAAAAAUAACACCCAUUUCUAAGCUUGUCCAUGGUUAGGGCAGUACCCCUUAGAGUCUAAAAGAGCAUCUGAUGUGUGAACCUGGAUACUGAAGGCACAGUUCCAUCUGUAAGUUCUCACCACCAGCUGUCUCAUGGGUGUGGCUCCCUCACUUUCUGGAGACAGAGAGCCCGCAUAAAGUAUGAUACACUCUACAAAGUCAUGCCCUUAUGCUUAAUGCCAUCUGAGACUUUUAUGCUACUGAGUUCAAUGGCAAAGAAUGACAUUGCAGAGAUAAUUCUUAAUGAAAAAAUAAGUGCUCUUUUGAGUAUUUCUUAUAUCUCACUGAAUACCUUGAUGCUUUGGAAUUCUUUUGUAAUGACACAUAGCUAGAAUUUAUUAAGAGAAAGUAUUAAUAUAGAUUUAAGCAUGAAGUCUGACAGAGGAGAAGAGACAUGUAAAAGAGGGACAGGCACAUGCCCUAGAGUAGAUACAAACUUCUUUUAAAACUUAUUAUUGUUAUUAGUUAUUCUGCACAUGAGGGCAUGCAUUAUGGCAUGCAUAUAGAUGUCAGAGGACAGCUAUACACAGUUACUUCUUUUUCUUUUACAUGUGUUCUGGGAAUGGUACUCACAUUGCCAGUCUUUCAUUGUCAAAUGGCAUGUGCCUUUACUCACUGAGCUAUCUUACUAGCUCAGGGUACAGCUUUCUUAUAAGAGAAAGUCACCGCCUUUGCAUUCUUAAAACCAGAUAGGAAUGACUUAAAUGAAAGCAUUAACCCAAUAGUUUACAACUUUGGAUAUUAUGCUUAAGAGAUAUUUAUGUCGACCAACUAGUUCCAGAACAAAUCCUACUGAAAAGCAUCUAUAGCAUAGUAAGAUGCAGGAGAUGUUCGUAGAUUCUUCCUCCUUCCUGCAGCCACCCCCCCUCAAAAAAACCCCACAAUAUAGUUAUCACAUCACCUAAGGAUGGAGAUAUGAUAGUGACGUCUUUAACAUUCCAUAUGCUCUCUUAAUAUCUCUGUUUCUUGCAUUUCUUAACACAUAAGUUUGAAUCCCACGGAGGGGAGAGUAAGUAGAUUUACUGCUCUUGAGAUCUAUUUUGAGCUUCUCUAUGAUCCUGUGAUUGAAAGUGAAGAAUAAAUGACAACCAUUUUGGGGACACUAGUUUAAAAAAUAAUAAACAUACUUAUACACUGUAAGGAAAGUAUCAAUUACAUAUAUGUGUUUUAUUGUUGAACUGUAUACAUGUGCAUGUAUAUGUAAAAGAGAGCAGUGCAUAGAUGGGUGCAUGUGUACAUGAUACUAGGAAGCAGUGGUCAUACUACUGUGUUUGCUCAAUGAAACCAGUGCUUUUUUCUAAUUCUGCAAUCCUCAAGUAGCUCCCCAUGCCUGAGGUUCCCAGAAGCUUGUACCAUCAAAUAAAGAAGAUAUUGCUUGCUAUGUCUGAGAUCAACUCAACUCUACCUGGACUCUAUGUUCCCACUCUAGUGGUGACUUUUGAAAAACACAACUUGUUUGGAGAUUAAACAAGAAUUUUUGAGAAAAGUGUUUAAUUUUGUGAUUAAUAUGUUAGUCAUUAAGCUUAAUAAUUUAUAGAUAUUCCAUUUAAUACUGGGUCAAAAGAUGAAUAAAAUCAAAGAAUAUAGACUUUAAGUGAAAGAAUUUUAAAACCUAUGACAAAGUUGUGUGUCCAUUGUACAAAUUUUAUUUUUCAAGAAAUAAAAUUUCUUGUUGUUUCAGUGGGUUGACAUUAAUAUGAAAGUCCCCUAAGGCCAAAAAUUAGAUCAAAUCAUGACAAUCUUUGAUCUGAAAGAAAAAAAUGUAUUAUUUACCACAUCAAUAUUAUUUAUAUCUUAUACUGUUAGAGAAUAGUUGUACAUUGUAUAUAUGAUUGUGUGCCUUGAAAUAAAACCAAAAUUG